CAAAUCAAAUAAAUAAAUAAAUAAAUAAACAAACCCCAACCUUAAACGUUCGUGCUUUACGUCUGAUUUACACACGUAUAGAUUUGUUUCGGAUGAUUUCGAUGAUUCGUAACGCGCAGAAAGAGGCGUGGGGUUAUAGGGUUAUGGGAGAACCACCCAUAAAAGGUGUAGAUGGGAGUAGAUCAUUCUCCCCAGGGAUUUUAGCUAAUAAAAGGAUGGUAUUUAUAGAAGGUCUUUUCAAUGCAUCCUGUUAAUCUGUGACUAUCCAACUGUACGCCUGGACACCCCACACUCCACAGAGCGCAAGAGCAACUCUGAACACUACCCAAGCAAUGUCUACGGAACGAUUUGACUGCCAUUACUGCAAAGACUCGCUGCUCGGAAAAAAAUACAUCCUAAAAGAGGACACGCAAUACUGCGCCAAGUGUUAUGAGAACCUCUUUGCUAACUGUUGUGAGGGUUGCUCCUUACCAAUCGGGUGCAACAACAAGGAUCUCUCCUACAAGGAUCGCCACUGGCAUGAGAACUGCUUCAAGUGCGGCAGAUGCGGCCGCUCCUUAGCGGAGAAAGCGUUCGCCGCUAAAGACGAGCUUCUCCUCUGUACCGAGUGCUACUCCAACGAGUACUCGGCCAAGUGCGCUAACUGCGCAAAAACGAUCCUGCCAGGCUCGCGGAAAAUGGAGUACAAGGGGAACAGCUGGCACGAGACCUGCUUUCUGUGUCAGCGCUGCCAGCAGCCGAUAGGAACCAAGUCCUUCAUCCCCAAAGAUAACAGCUUCUUCUGCGUGCCCUGUUUUGAGAAGCAGUUCGCCUAUCAGUGCUGCUCCUGCAAGAAAGCUAUCACUACUGGUGGGGUGACCUACAACGAUAAGCCGUGGCACCGCGAAUGUUUCACUUGCAUCGGCUGUAAGAGACAGCUAGCAGGGCAGCGCUUCACCUCCCGAGAGAACUUCCCCUACUGUCUGGAGUGCUUCAGCAAUCUGUACGCUAAGAAGUGCGUCGGCUGCAGCAAACCUAUAACUAGUUUGGCAGGAGCGAAGUACGUCUCGUUUGAGGAGCGUCAGUGGCACAGCGAGUGUUUCACAUGCAUGCAGUGCUCCGUGUCACUCGUGGGCCGCGGUUUCCUCACACAGCGUGACAACGUUCUGUGCACCGACUGCGGACGUGAGAAGUGAUAUUGCGAAUGACAAACCAACAACAACAACAACAACAACAAUAACAACAACCCGGCACUGAUCAAAAGAUCAGUGACGUGUUCUUA